GGUGGUGGUAGUAGUAGGGAACGGUAAUAAAAAUUUCGUCAUAAAUUCGUAGUCGUGCUCAUCACAUACUCGUCAAAGCACGAUUGGAUUUAAUUUUUUUUUUAAUUGUACAUACAUAUGUAUAUAUAUAUAUAUAUAUAUACUCAUAUAUCUAUAUUAAUUUUGUGAUUUGCUUAUCAUCGAUCAGUAGACGCAAGUAACAACGAAUAAAUAACGAUUACGUUUAUUAAAUAAUUUGCACUUGUUAUAAAAAAAAAGGUAAUAAUAUUUGGAGUGCACAACGACGACUCUCUAUGAUCGCCACCACAGCUAUUGAGGUCAAAGAAAUUUUGUUUAUCAUAAAUAAAUUGUUAUUAUUGCUGCUGUCUAAUAAUUUGAAGGAUAUCAUCGAUACCGAUAAUAAUACCUUGUGGAAAAUAACAGAUAAUUAUUGCUAUAAUCAUAAUUGUUAUUAUCAACGAGACUCAUUAGUCGGUGGAGCUAAAAGUGGUGAUAAAAAUGCGCAACGAAAUAACAGCUGCUGUACUAUUUUUAGUACAGUUGAUCGAAAAAAACGAAAAAUUUAGUCCUGAUCAGUUGGACUGCUUUCGACGCCGGUUGAUAGAGCUGCUGACCGAGCGGUUCGAAAAUCACUGGUUCCCGGAUAAACCCUUCAAAGGACAGGGAUACAGAUGUAUACGAGUGAAUGGCAAUAGUCGGAGGGAUGCGACGUUGGAGAGUGCUGCUAGUGCUGCUGGUUUCAAGUACGAAGAUUUGUCAUUACCUGUUGAACUUACUCUAUGGGUAGACCCUCACGAGGUAUGCUGCCGCUUUGGCGAGAAUAAAGGAUCAUAUUGUACUCUGGCUUCCUUUGAUAACAACAGUGCUAAUCAUCUUCACGAUAUCGACGGCUCUGAGAAGGAAAAUAAAUUUUUUCAAAGAUCUAAUCAGAAAAAUAUCUCAAAUGUUGGUACGGAUCAAGUAAAACCAAAGCCACUGAGUUCAUCUAAUCAAAAUCAUCAGCAGUCAAUUAACAGUACCAAUAACAAUAAUACUAGCACUACUACUUCUUCAACGACAAGUACUAAUGCAAACAAUAAUAACAACAACAAUAACGGACCAGGUAGGCGUCGUCAUUUGAUAAAUAGUCCACGACCACAUCUGUCACGUAACCGUUCGUGGUUCAAUCAUUCAUUCAACAUGGGUUACGGUCCUCAUCCAAUGAGCCAACCCUGGUACAACGUAAUGCCACCUCACACUUUCCUGGGUGGUCCAUCUCCGCCACCAUUCGUCGGUCACAGAGGUAAUAAAUGGAUCGCGCAUCCUCCUUCUUACUCUGCUGGACCUACUCGUUUCCAUCACUGGUCUCCAAAGGCUACUCUCAAAGUUUAAAAACGUGAUAUAUAGAAUUUAUUUACACCGCGGGUCUACGAUCAGUAAAUAAUUGCGGGUAUUGAAAAAUUUUUAUAAAAUUAUCGAAUUUGUUUAUGUUGUUACAUUUUAUUUUUUUUUCUUGCAAUUAAAUGACCUGAGGUUAUUUUUGUUCUGAAAAAACUUGAGAAGCUGACUUUGGAGUCAAUUGUAUAAACGACCGGGCUCAAAUUACGAUUACGGCUUACGAUUUUUAUACUGUUAUAUAGUUUGUUCAUUGACAUCGUUAUAUUGAUCGAUCGAUUAAUUAAUUGAUUAACUGAAUCAUAAGACAAACAAUUUAAUUAUAUUAACAAAGAAUAAAGUAAUAUGGUUUUUGUUACACUCCGAAUGCAAAGUUGCUUGCUAACGGAAUUAUUAAUAUUGAUUAUAUAUAAUUAUUAAUAUUAUAAAUAAUAUAAAAAAAAAUUUAUUACAGUAAUUU